CUGUUCUUCUUCUCACCGCUCAGGUAGAGGGAGGGAAGGAGGGAGCCGGAGGGGACUGCGAUGGCGUCGUCCGAGAUUCAGAUCCCCAGCGAGGACUCGAGCGAUUUGAGCGGAGGAGGCAGGGUCGCGGUGUUGGUGCAGGGAAUCAUGGAGCGGAUCCGGUCGGAGGACGAGGAUGACAGGAUCCAGGGGGCUAGAGAGAUCCGGCGGCUGACGAAGACGUCUGCGAAGCACCGGCGGUAUCUCUCCGAGUCAAUUGAGCCCCUCGUUUCGAUGCUUAGGUAUGGAAGCCCCGAGUCUGGCGAGGCCGCCAUGCUCGGACUCCUCAAUCUUGCCGUCAGGGACGAAAGAAAUAAAAUCAAGAUUGUCGAUGCUGGAGCACUCGAGCCACUCAUUUAUUUCCUGGAAUCAACAAAUUCUUGCUUACAAGAGUAUGCUACUGCAUCUGUUCUGACCCUUUCCGCCACUUGUGUCAACAAGCCUAAGAUCAGUGCCUCUGGUGCCAUCCCUCUCCUCGUCAAAAUCCUGAAAGAUGGAAACCGACAAGCCAGGAUCGAUGCUAUGAUGGCUCUGUAUAAUCUCUCUACAAUUCCAAACAACUUGAACACUCUCAUUUCUCUCCAACCAAUACCUGCUGUUAUCAAGUUGCUGAGGAGCUGCAAGAAGUCAUCCAGAACUCAUGAGAAGUGUUGUGCCCUUCUUGAGUUACUGAUGGGCUUCGAGGAAGGAAGAGCCGCUUUGACAUUCGAGGAAGGUGGAGUGCUGACAGUGGUAGAAGUACUCGAGGGAGGGGCUCCUUCUAGUAGGGAGCACGCUGUGGGAGCCCUUCUAACAAUGUGCGAGAGUGAUUAUUCCAGAUACAGAGACAUUAUCCUCAAAGAAGGUGCUAUUCCUGGUCUUCUUGAACUCACCAUUCAGGGCACACCAACAUCUCAAGCAAAAGCUCAUCAACUUCUUGAUCUGCUACGGAGCACUUCGCAACAGAGAUCAGGCAUACAGGCAGAUGCUUUUCAGAACAUCGUUAGCGAUAUUGUUUCCAGGAUCGAUGGCGAUGAUCGGGCUGGAAAGGCAAAGAAGAUGUUGGCUGAGAUGGUUCAGAUUAGCAUGGAGCAGAGCUUGAGGCAUUUGCAGCAGAGGGCUGUCCUGUGCACACCAAAAGAGCUGCCCGUCGGAGGUCGUCCUUCUGGAGUCCAUUCAAAAUGAUUGUCUGCUUUCUUUUGUUUGGUCUUUUGUGUUGUUCUUUGUUCUGAUUAGUUUGGAAGAUUGAGUGAAUCCGGUCGAGGAGAAAGAAGAUAGCAUGAUCAUGCCAGUCCAGGCCAUUGAUGGUAUCGGGUGACUGGUGAAGUGUCGACAGUUGUGUGUGGAUGAUUCGACAGUUGUGUUAGUUGAGACAUAGAUUGAAGGUUAAAGUUUCAGUCUGUUGUUGCAAUAAAAAUGACGAUUUCAUCAACUUCAUACAACU